UGAAACAACAAAGACUGGGAAAAAAACAAUACUAAUUCCUGGACUUCAGCGUUUGAGCAAUAAACAAAACCUGCCGUAGUGCCCCCCGCAGCCCUCACUUCAGCUGUCGUCAGCUGAAAGGAGAGGUAUAACUGUGUUCUGUGUAAUGACAUUGCAUUCUUGCUAUCAGAAAAGAGCAUAAAGCCUUGUCCCACACGGAAGAGCUCAGAAUAAUCCAGAAGGAGAGUGAGAACAUGGAUUGGCUACGGGAUAUAUGGGAUUUCCUUACUUCAGCAAUAAAGCUAGAGCCUGGGGAUCUGAUUGAAUUUAAGAGACUGGGAUACCAACACUGGGGCAUCUAUGUGGGAAAGGGACAAGUGGUCCACUUCACAUUUCCAGAGUUGGAAGAAGGAUUGAAUAAUGUGCUCCAUGGAGAAUUCUUCAAAGCCAAAGUGCAAAAGGAAUGUCUGAGGGCCAUAGCUGGGGCUUCAAGCUAUGCUGUAAACAACCAAUUAGAUAAAAAGCACCCUCCAUUACCUCUUCGUCAUGUGGUAAAGAGAGCUGAGCACCUGGUGGGGAAAAACAUAGACUACAAUCUAGUUAUGGCUAACUGUGAACAUUUUGCCACAAUGAUGAGAUAUGGCAUUGCUGAAUCACAACAGGCAAUUUACUUUGAAGUGGAUGAAGGUUUUGUGAAGCAGAUAAAGAAGUGGCUAGCUGAGAUCAAUGAGUAGCUUGUGGAUUGCACAACACUCAGUCCUAUGACUACUGAAGGAAAUGCAUACACGAUGCCUUCAGUGCAGAAGCUUCUGAGAAUGAAAAAGAUGUCUUGAAACGUUGCAAACCUAAACCUCUUUUCUAUCCAAUGAUGUAGAAUAAAAGGAUUUUCACUGCUAGCGGAGGACAUCAUCAAAAUAAAAACCUCAAUAGUUAACUCUAGUCAUGAAAACCCCUAACUUCCUGGAUAAAUCAUAAAUUCCAAUCUGCCUAGAUCUAAAUGUGUAGUUCUGAUGUAUCUGUGAGACUCUGUCAGUCAUCUGGAGGAGAACUGGUGGCAAACUGAGAGGCUGAUCAACCAGAAAGAGACAUCAAAGACUAUAUUCUGUAGCAAAACAUAUGG